AUGUCGCUAUAUCGAUCCCAGCGCGACGCUCCUACCGUGGGGCCAAACUGGACUUCUCGCUUAAAGCGUCACGGCUACUUCAAAAGCGCCAAAAGGCUUCAAGCAGAGCGCCAAGUCUCCGAGAAUCUUACACGAGUUAACCAGUAUUUCCAGCAUCUUCGGCAGGUUAUCCAAGACAAUGGUAUACCUCCUGAGGAUAUCUGGAAUAUGGACGAGACUGGUUUUCGCAUCGGGGUUGGAAAAGACCAGCUGAUUAUGCACAUGGCUUCAUGGUAUCAAAUACCUGAGCUAGAUCCUGACACAGUUAUUCGACCCACGCCUACUGGUUACUCAAACGACGUGAUUAGUCUGGAGUGGCUCCAGCAUUUUGACAAGCACUCGGAAAAAAGCUCAAGAAGCUCGAAGCGACUUCUAAUUCUUGAUGGUCAUGGCUCUCACCAUACCAGGCAGUUCAUUGAAUACUGCGACAACCACAAUAUUAUUCCCUUCGGCAUGCCGCCUAAUCUCACGCAUGCACUUCAGCCUUUGGACGUUGUCGUUUUCCAGCCCCUAAAGCACUAUCACGCCAAGGCUUUAGAUGUCAUGGUUCGAGAUGGCCUCGUCAACAUAACCAAGCUUGAGUUCUCUCCUGCAUUCAACAAGUACGAUUGCAUGCUUUCAAGGAGAGUACUAUACGCUCCGCAUUUCGCAAGACAGGAAUCUUCCCAUUCAAUCCACAAGUAG